AUGCGUCGUCAAGACUUAUCACUACAAUGUACCUCAAGUCUUCAAAACCACUGUCUUGAAAGGCAGUUGCUCAAACCGUCAUUGAGGAUGAGCAUUGACGAUUGUGGGUUUGACUCUUCGCUCUUCCCAUCCUCAGUACUGCAAACUGUCAUGAAAUAUAAUAGCAUCACUGAAAAAGUCUACCCACUGGACACAAACAUCAGUGUCCAAAGUUGGAUAGCCGACGACUUCCAGUUCCUCCACCAAAACAGAACCCUGCUUAGCGCAAUCUACCUCGCCACGCGCACCGUAGACGAUCUUCGAUGUAGUGCGCAUCUCUCCCCCUUGACCCAACAGCUGCUCUGCGUCAUCCUCUCAUCGCUGAAUCGGGAUCUAUGUCGAGUUGCAGGCCAACAGUCCUCAACAACAAUGCUGACCAUCCUGAUACUGCUAUUUGCUGCCGAGUCAUUGCACGACUUUGGAGCCGUAGGGUCGCAUCUUGAAGGGGUCCGGAGACUCCUUAUAAUUAGGGACAAUGUUUUUACAGGACUGGACGCGAAGCUUCUCUACAAGAUUCAGCAAUUUGAUUUGAGGUUGGCGUUGGCUUUUGGCCAGCCACUGCAUCUUGCACUGGAACACAACCAUCAUCCAACAUUACCGAUGCCGCCGAUUGCAAAGUCAGAUAUUCUGCAGAGACUCAACGUAAAUUCUCCACGGGUGAUCGAAGCUUUUCAAAACUUGCAAGCUCUGAUACGGGAUAUAAAAGAUGCUAUAAGUGCAAGGACUGAUCUAAUAUGGACGGACUUCCAGUCCCAGAUCAGCAACAUCCAGACGCAGUUGCUACAUCCGAAUAACGAUUGCCCCGAUACAGACGAAGCGCUGAGACUUGGUAUGCUCGCCUUUCUUACCACCCUUUCCCAAAGCCCUGUACGGAGGCCACAACUACCAGAGCUUCAGAGACGGCUUGAAACAAGCUAUAUGGUGAUGCAAGACCAGAACGACAAUUACAGGACAUUCACUAUCUGGGUGUUGAUGAUGGGCUGUUUCUCAACGGUUGGGGUAUCUAGUCCCUUAGUUGGAGACGUUUGGGGUGUGGUUGCGAGUCCCGGUCUGUCUUGGGAGACUGUGCGAGACAUGAUAUUGGCAGAAGGCCUUCCAUGGAUCGAAUUGAUUCAUGAUGGGCCAGGGAAGAAUACAUUUGCCUAUCUUCAAGCAUAA